AUGUGCACCUACUACUACCUGCACUACCACCACAUCGCACCAUGCGCUCGAGACAUCGACUACAGCUUGCAGUAUGACUUCUGCGAGAACUCAACCAUAGUGCGCUCAGUCCCCUCGCCAUCAAGCACAGCUAGAAAUGCGAACAUCGGCAGCAACCAAAACCGGGCUGCAGCCCCCUUCUCCCCCUCCUCCACCACCACCACCUCGGCCCCUUCGACAACAGCGCACCGACCCCGGACGCCAGUCAUAGACUACAUCCAGCAGCCGUGCGCCUCGCUAACGCACGCCUCCGAGUACAACACGCCCGCCGAGAUGAUAGACUACAGCAACCCGUGCGCGACCGGCGGCUGCCUCCUCAGCUCCGGGUGCACCUCAGGCCAGUGCCGCCUCGAGGACCUGGGCGGGCGCUGGGUCUGCUGCUGCUGCCUGAGAGGCGGGAAUGCGUUCCGCUGGUGCGCCCACCCGAUGAAGAAGGUCCCCGACACAAUGUGCUACCAUACGGUAUGCGAGGGCUGCUGGGCUGAUGGCUGA